AUGAGCAACACGCUGCAGGAUAUCAAGGAGGAGGACGGCGAGUACGGGCUGGCGGCGGCGGGCCAGGCGGCGGCGGGGGCGCGCGGCGAGGAGGCGCUGUUGCCGCCACUGCCGGACAUUCACGGCGUCGGGCAGGCGUUUGCGGAGCCGGGCGGCGUGGCGGCGGGCGAGGGCUACGCGGGCGGGUCGGGGAGCCUGCUGCAGCUGGAUGGCGGGGCGCUGGGGGAGGCGGCGCCGCUGGGGACGCCGAUUCCGUUUGCGGGCAGCUUCACGACGGCUUCGUCGCCGUCGGUCAUCGCGACGGAGUCGCUGGCGGUGUACCCCGACAGCUCUUUCGACCUGUCCAAGGCGCUUGAGAUCCCGACCCACGAGCACGGCGGCAACGGCGGGCUGCUGGUGGCGGAGCUGGAAGGCGGCAGCGCGCCGGGGUCGACGCCGAUGUCGCCGCUGGUGUCGGCGCCGAUGGCGUCGCUGAAACGCAAGAUCUCGUUCACGUUCAACCCGGGCGCGGCGCUGGGGAGCGAUAGCAUGCAGGCUCUGCCUGCGUCCGUGGCCGCGCAGCAGCCACUCGACUCGCCGCUGCAGAAGACGAACACCAAGUCGAGCACCAGCAUCAGCCGAUCAAACUCGGUGACGGGCGGGCGCACCAGCCGCAGCAGCUCGAACGCGGCGCAUAACAUGCUGUUGCCCACGCUGAACACCACGAUCGAGAGCUCGGAGGAGUCGGGCCACCAGGUCAUCCUGGAGAUAAAGCGGCCGGCGAGGAAGUUCAGCGUCGGCAGCCACAGCAGCUCCUCCGUGUCCAUCCUGAACAACACCAGCAACAACAGCAGCAGCAGCAGCACUAACGUCAACAACCACAGCAUUGGCAUAAAUAAUAGCCGCAACAGCACAUCGACGACCGUUGAAGAAAACAUAUACAAGGCGCAUCCGUGGAUAGGGGGGCGGAAGCGAUCCAGCAGUAACCUGAACACGAGCCAGAGAGAUUCCAGCGGCAACCUUGUCACGUCGGCGUCUGCAGUUACGCUGAUAAGCAAGAAAACGCCUCUGUUGAGGCGCGCCUCCAGCAUGAUUCUCCGGAAGGCGACUUCCAAGAGGGAUGUGCACCAACCCGAGGCUGCCUCGGUGCCGUCGUCGCCACAGGUGGGCCAGUUCAUCGAUUUCGCAUCAGGUGACAGCAAAUCCCCGAGCCAUGGCCGUUCGCUGAAACCGACUCGGAGUCGGAUGAUACUUUCUCUUCGUGGGGCGUUGUCCCCCACAUCUAGCGAGUUUGAUACCGACCAGUCCUCGCUGGCUCCUACGAUGGUAAAUGCUACUAAUAUCAUGACGCCUAUGACUUCGCCCCUAACCUCCAUAACGUCGCCUUUGACUUCGUCAGAACAGCCUUCUUUUGGAAGCAAGGUCAAGCGUGGCUUCUCAAGAAUCAUUAGCGGUGGAAACACCAGACGACAUAUCCAGCCCACUUCGGUGAACGAAGCCACACUUAGCCCCAGGGCUUCCUUCCAAAAAUCUACGAACAUUAUUUAUCGCGGUGCCCAAAUGGAAUCGCUGCAAUCCAAUUGCUCCACGGAUAGCUGCCCGAAGAAUUCUCUUGAUGGAUCAGAGUACAAAUUACCCUACGAAAAUGGGGGCAUUUCUCAAUCAUGCGUCCGUCGAAGUUUAUCUGCAAAAAGGGCAUUAUACGUCGGCAACUGCAGGGGACAGUCGUCUAUGAUUAAAAGACAAAAUUCUCAGGUUUCUACUAUACCCGGGGGCAGUUCGGAGAAAGAGACAUCGUCAGAACUCCUUCCCAGUAGCUCUACUAUUCGACGCCAAAACAGCCUCCGCAGCACGAACACACAGCUGACAGAAACAGGCGAGGUAGAAGUGACCGUCGACGUGGACGAGAUCGUGAAGAGCUUACCCACAAUCACAAUUACAGAGAACUUUGGCGCUAAAAAUACCACACCCAUCCAAAUACAGUCGAAUAUCCUUCUGGACAGGGCAUAUGUUCUAGAAAGUGAUCGCCCUAGCGGAAUAGGCAAGAAUUAUAAACCAAGUAGGAUCACCUUGAAGGAAUAUAUUGCUAUUCUAAUGAACCAACAGAUGAUAGAGGACGAACGGUUCGAAGUCCUAGAGAAAACAUUUGCUACGAGCGGUUGGUGCUCUCAAAAGGACGUAUUGAACUUGAGGAGCAAAAGAGUAGUCAUCAACAGGAAGUGGGCAGAGAGAAUCUCUUAUUAUCAAAGCAAGCUGGAAGUCUGA